GCGUAAAAACAACGUUUUACACGUGUAGCAGUUGUAUUGCUCGCGCGCGCCGUACGUCGUACAGGGCGUGUACGGGUAGUCGCGACAGCGUAACGUUACGGGACUCGCGUAAUACUCGCGGAACACGUCGUGUCUCGAGCGCAGAACCUAAUCCCCGUGGGACCUUUUAUUAGUUUAUUUUAUUAGUUAGGCUAACCUAACCUUUCGGUACUCUCGCGGACCGGUGCGCAGUUAACGCGCGCAGUCGAUACGCGGUGCCGUUUCGCGCGACGCAAUCCCGAGAGCUGCUGGACCGGUAUAACCGUCCGCCGUCGAUUCGACACGCGCGGUUCCGGUGCGGCGAGAUGUGGUCCAAGACCGCCGCGAUCGUGUGCUGGUGGACGGCGCUGCUGUCGGUCGGCCGCGGCUGCGAGGACAACGGCGGCGGCUUCGGACCGCUGACGGCGGCCAGGCACUCGGCACGGCCCCGGGACGGUUUCUCGAUGUCGGUUUUCGGCACCCCGGACAAGUACAUACCGCAUUCGAUGUACAUCGUGACGAUUGACAGUAAAAUUUUUGAUUUCCAUUCGUUUCUGAUAACCGUGGAACGGGAUUGCGGCGGUGGUGUUGACGAGGAUUGUGGCGAUCCAAUGUCACCGGACCGUUCGGGUUCACUACAGCUAUUAUCGCAAGACAACGGUGCGACAUUCCAUCCGGAGUGCAUAAACACUAUUGUUCAAUCCGAACCAGCGGCCAAAAUGCGGAAAUUGCGUUUUAUGUGGUCGGCCCCAAAAGCCGGCAGUGGUUGUGUGUACAUCAGGGCUUUACUAAAUUAUGGAAAUUAUCAUAAUAAUAACCAGAAAAUUGAGCUGCUCAAGGAAUUUUGCGAAAUGUCUUUUGAAACCGUACCUAAACCAAAUCAUCCACUUGAAGACGAAACUUGUUGCGCUUGUGACGAAGCUGUUUAUGAGAUGAAAUUCGAAGGGCUAUGGUCGUCGAAAACUCAUCCGAAAGAUUUUCCGACGGCUUUAUGGCUCACACACUUUAGUGACAUUAUUGGAGCAACACACGACAAGAACUAUUCGUUUUGGGCCGAAGGCCAAUGGGCUACCGAUGGCGUCAGACAGUUGGCCGAGUGGGGUUCGACCGCAAUUUUGGAAUCCGAACUAAGGCAACAGAAAAAACAUUUGAGAACUUUGAUUAAAGCCGCCGGUUUAUGGUAUCCACGAGUGAACGAAAACGCAACGUCUAAAUUCCGGGUGGACAGGAAACAUCACUACGUUUCAUUGGCUUCUAUGCUCGGUCCGUCUCCUGAUUGGAUAGUGGGCAUCAACAGUCAUAAUUUAUGCGAGAAGAACUGUCAAUGGGCUCAAAAUAGAUCACUAGACUUGUACGUGUACGAUGUCGGCACGGACAGCGGACGCUCAUACAUGUCGCAUAAUCAAGAAACCCUGCCACAUGAACGUAUUUAUCGCAUAACUCCGAUGUAUCCGGAUGAUCAGAGAUCACCGUUUUUUAACGAAUUGGAAAACGAAAUAAAUCCGUUAGCGCGUUUGCACUUGAACAGAAUUAAUGUCAUACCGAAGUCUUGUUCGGACAAAAUCAUCACCGACUUAAUAGACGAACUUGCCGUAUCGGAAAAUUCACAAGACGUAUUAAAACCGGAAUGCGCAGUUUCGAAAUAUUCUGAAUGGAGUGAAUGCAAUGUAUCAUGUGGAAAAGGUCUCAGAUCGAGAACCCGAAAAUAUUUAAACGAAACUGUUGCCAAGCUUUCCGGUUGCGAUAGACAAUUGGUGUCAAAAGAAAUGUGCUUGUCCUCAGUACCAAUUUGCCCUGGUGAGACGGAACAAGAAGACGAUACACUACUUGUUGAUGAUUCUAAAUGCAACACCACUGAUUGGACACCAAUGUCUGAAUGUUCAGUGUCUUGUGGAAUUGGAUUUAUGUUCCGUACAAGACAAUUUUUAGAAAAAACCAGUUACAAAAAAUGUCGCCACAUCAAUCUUGUCAUGAAGAAGAAAUGCAUGCAACCCGCAUGCACUAAAGUCCCUGAAGAGUCUGGUCAUAUUAGAGAAUGUCCAGUGACUGAAUGGAGCAUGUGGAGCCCGUGCAAUGCAACUUGUGGUCAAGGUGUAUCGGUAAAAGCACGAUUGUUACUUGUGUCCGGUGAAAAUUACACGAAAUGCGUUGAUAAAGUAGUGUUAGAGGAGACUCGUCCGUGUAAUGGGACAAAACCCACCUGCGAAAUCAGCGAGUCUCGCGCGAAAGAAAUUUGCAGCAUGGAUAAAAAUACAGGUGCUUAUGAGGCACUUACAAAGUGCUUGAAGGCGAAUUCACAUCGAAGUUCUUACGACAAAGACCAAAAUGAAAAUAAUUCCAAAAGUAUUAGAGAAUGCUACAGAAUAUGCCGCGGUACUGUUUGAAGAAAUUUUAAUUUUACAGUAGUUUAUUUAGUAGUUAAAAGUUAUUAUUAGUGUAUUUAUCAACUACAAUACUAUAUGACAUUUUAUAUAAAAAUAAAAUUAUUUUUCUGCGAAUUCACGAAUUUAUUCCGAUAGUUUUAUCAGUUUUGCUUAAAAUCUAGUGUUCA